GAGAUCACGUGGCUAGUCUGUGGGAUCGUGUUCCUGUUUUUGCCUUCUGACUUAGACUUCGCUUCGUGUUUGAAAGCAAAUGAGAGUGUAAUCGAAAUUUAGCUUCCGCCUCAAAGAAAAUAAGUUAGAAAGCAAGAGAUAAUUGUUAUUUCUUCUUUUUCUUCUUCUUCUUUUUUCUUUUUCUGCUUUCUUCUUCUUCUUUUUCUUUUUCUUCUUCUUCUUCUUCUUGGGAUUGGGAAUUAACGUCAAUCUGGUAAUUCAGAUUUCAAGCCUGGUGUUGGCUUGUUAGAUACUUGGUUUUGUUACCAAAGAGUUGCAGAAGCAUGAUUUUUGUUUAAAUGCAUUUAAUUAUGAUGUCAUUUUAUAUCUCGCUCAUUCCAGUAGCCUACGAAGAGCAGUGCUGUUUUUGUGGGUAUUCCAUUGAACAGAUUUUUGUUUAAGAUGACAUUCCCCGGAAUACAAGAUUUGAAUCUGGAUUUAUCAAUAAUGGGAAAUCUUAUGAAUAGUGUUCUCUGGGUCAUUUCUUUCAUGUUUUCACUUUCACUAAAGUGCACACGUGUUUAGAUUGAAAUGUAUAUUAUAUGUAUAUAUACAUAAUCGUAUAUAAUGUGUAUGUGGUAGGCAUGUAUGCAUGUGUGUGUUUUUGUGUACGUCUAUGUCUGUGUGUGAGUAUGUGUACACAUUUCUAACUAAGGAUAACGAUUAGCCAGAAAUGCGAAGCUGAACCACACCCGGGAGCCCGGCCAGCAGACGGGACUGAGCUUCGUCCUUCCCCACCGUGGUGCCGCAGCAGUAAUCUCGCGCCUAGGAGGGACCCGGUCCCAGAUCGGAAGCUUAUAAGAUUAUAACUUCCACUGAUAUGUAGCUUCCCGUAGAUUAUAACUUCCACUGAUAUGUAGCUUCCCGUAGAGAUACGGGUGCUCAAGGCACCCGGAACCUCAUUGUUGAUAGACCCGCGCGAUGCUCAACUGCACCAACCGCACCGUCUGCAACCUGGCGGCGCAGUGGAAAGCGUACAGCCUGGCCUUCGAGAUGCUGGUGUGCGCCUGCGGUGUCUUGGGCAGCAUCGUCUGCUUGUGGUGUCUGAAGACCUGUGACAAGACGCAAGCAGGGACGAAGAUCCAGCUGUGCUCGCUCUUCGCAGCCAACGCCUUCCUGUGCUCGCUCGCCCUGCCGGGGGCCGCCGUGCUUGAGCUCCUUUUCCUGCAGGCCAGGCGGGCCGAACCGGCGACCGAGCUGGCCUUCGUGGCCCUGUACUACAUAGCUGCGUGCAUCGACCAGAUGACGCUGGCGGUGAUCGCCGUGUACAGACUGAUAGCCGUGUGUUUCCCGCUGAAGUACAAGCUGUGGUCCAGGUCGACUGUGGUUGUGGCGGUCGAAGUCGCGCUCACUCUGCCUGCUGUCCUGACGCUGACGUUGGCCUUCCUGUUCCUGUCCCGUCUUUAUUGGAUGUGCUUUGUUAGUGACUCGAGGUUUCCGAGUGAGGCGACGCCGUCUGCUCUCCCCCGACAGAUGGGCUUCCGGCGGUGCGCGAGGCAGGGCGCCGAGGCGCGGAACCCCGGCUGGGACCAGAUCAGCCUCUCGCUGUGCGUCCUCAUCCUCAUGAACCUCCUCCUGGACGUCCCCCACGUCACCAUGCAUCUCAUGGACGUCAGUUGGACGGAACCUUCCUUCGUGAUCGUCCAUGCGGUCUACCGCCUCCACUUCGCCCUGGACCCCGUCGUCUUCGUGGGUCUGAACCAGCGGUUCCGCCAGAGGGCGCUGCAGGGGGUUUUCUCGCUGGUGCCCGGCCGGCGCAUUCCGUCCUCCGUGGCAGUCUAGCGGCCACUCGAGAGGAUUCACGGCCGUGACAGCUUCUGUGUCCUGAACUUUUUGUCCCUGAACCGACGCAAGUGUGGAAACGAAAGUGUUUCAGGCUGACCAAAGUUAAGUUAAGAACAAGAAAAUACGCAAAUAUGCCUGAGAUCGCUUCGCUGUGUUGCUUCUUCAUGCCUGAAGAAGCAGUGCAGCGAAAAGGCCUUCAGAAUAUUCAUGGAUUUUCAUGUUCUUCCCUUCGUGGUUUUAAUUAAAUAUUGCAUUGCUGAUGAUGGUAAGAACUAUGUUCAGCCAAGAACUGAGAAGAAAAUUUCUACUUGUGUUUUCCGUGUUUUGUGUUUAUUUGCAAUUACAUGGGUUUAUUUUGUCUUUCAUCUCGUUUUCUCGUUCUCUCUCUCUCUCUUUCUCUCUUUCUUUUCCUCUCUCUUUCUCCCUCUCUCGGGGGCAAACAGUAGUCUAAACUGUUCUUCAGUGAGAAUUUUGUCAAAGAAAUUGAAUAUAACUUUAUCCAUAUCCACUUUUUUCUACACAUCAAUUCCUAGAUUCAGAAGUUUUUUUUUUUUUUUUUUUUUUUGUUAUGGAUGCUGUCUACGCUGUGUAUCAACUACUUUAUCGUUGGUUAAUCUACAAAUACAAAUGAAGUGCAGUGAAGAUGUAGUUUUC